CUCAGGGCAGCAGGGUGUGCUCGCAGGUACACAGCACGCGCCCUGCGGGAGCGCUUCACGCGUGAAGGAACAGCUUCCGCGGACCUCGGUUCCCGCACCGGACCGAUGAUGGCGGACAGCAGCCGCGAGCCGCUGCUUCCCCGGCCCCUCCCCGCCCCCGCCUGGCUGCGCAAGCCCACGCGGGUUUGGCUCAAGGCUGGGGGCGGAGCCUCAGGAGCCUAAAUCGCCCAAUGGCCGGCGAGUGGGGCGAGCGGGAGGCGGAGCCUCCGCGGAAAUGCAGGCGGGUGGCGCAUGCGAGGUGGCCGCUGCGGGCAAGGUGGCCGCUGAGGCCAGCGGUGCGCGCAGUGGUCCUCCUGCGGCGAAAUCCCUGGGUUUGGGCCGAGACCCUGCGCCCAGCGCCAGCAGGCCGGAGAGCAGAGCACACAUGUUCAUCCUCAGCGUGCCGUUCCCGACGCCUUUGCACGCAGGAAUCGCCCUGGGCUCCCUGGCUCCAGAUGCUGAACCGCACCAGGGAGCGAUUGGGAAGGAGCUGGCAACACGUGGCAGCACCCUGGACGUCCGCUGGAAGGUCCAGGACAUGCGCCUCCUCCGGGUUUCCGUCCUCAGCUUGCUGGAGCAGUUGUCCCUUGUGGUGCAGACCAUGCAGCGUUUCGGGCCCCCAGUGUCCCGCUGAGCCUGAUGUGGCCUAGGGACCCAAGUGGAAGCUUCUGUCCCUCCUAGAUAGCAUGUCCCCAAGCAGUUGCGUCUGGAGUGUGGGAGGCCAAGAGUCUGUGGGACUCAAUGUUCUGAACUAAGAAUCUCCUCAUUUUGUUUGGUGCUUAAAUAUGAAUUCUGCAGAAAAUAAAACUGACCUGCCACGCUG